AGACUCGAUUUGGGCGUGAAAAAUUAAUGAUGUUGAAUACUUUAGUAAUUAAACCGAAAAUCUAGUAUAUUGGGAAUACAAUAGUAUUUCAAAUUACGAACAACUAUAUUAUAGUAUCAUGGAAAUCGUGAAAAAACGAACAAUCGAGAAGGUUCGGAAAGUUUGUCCUUUAGCCAGUUCAAUUAUGUUUUUCCACUGGGAUCACAAACAGUAGGGGGGUGUGAUCAGAAAUGGAAAUUUUCCGUUCGAUAGUCCUUUUUAUUAUCAAUCUUUAAUAGUCAGUGUUAAUUUGAUUAUCCAGCCAAGCUGAUGGAAGACGUAAUUAUUGUGUGUGACAUCUUAAACCAACACUACGGUGUUUAUGUCUAGUGUAAUUGGUAUCUCGAUGAACAAUUGUGUGCAUAAUUGAUGGGAAAGCUUUAUGUUGCAUAAAAGUGCAGUAUAUGUCAGAAUGCAGAUUUUUUAUACUAUCGACCUUAGAUGUUUCCCUGGACUGUGUGAUAGAACAUGCCUGAUAAGCAGUCGACCGGGGUUCGAUUCUCAACUGGCGUACAUAGGAUACUGACACGAAAGAGGUUGAAGCUACUUACCGUCAAGGCUAAGUGAACUAUCAGCUAGUUAAAAGAAUUGAUAUUUGCACCUAUGACAAAACCAGAAAGUGAUGUCGCAAAGAAAGCGAUGGUAGCUGAGCAAACAAUUUAUCUGAAUCCAAGUGAAAGAAAAAAUAUUAUUCAAGAAAUGUCAAAUUAAAGCUACCGCGUAGAAUAGCGUAACAUGCGAGAAGCUUUCCCAGGUCUUCCAUUCUAUAGUAACGUUUUAGACGAGAACCUAUCGCCAGUGUCUAUACAAGAUUCCACCGUACAGAAAAUCAGCUUGUCGGAAGAGCCAAGAGAGCAUUCCGCAUCGCCACCAUUACCGAUAUCCUUAGAAAACAAUAAUAGUCUAAAAUACCAGUCUACAACAUCGUGCAAACAGGAGUCAAUAGUAGUCAUCACUGAAAAGAUUAUAAUUUAUCGCGAGUGUGAAACAAUUAAGGAGACAUUGGUGGAUAACUAUACAGAGAAGAAUGCUAUAUUUGAUACUGACAGCCCACAAGGCAACAUUGGCAAUUUGCCACCAGCAGUCAUCUCAGCAUCACCGUUAACAACGGGAUCAACAGGAGUAACAACGGCCAACCCAGAGGAACUAGUAUUGUCCACUAUUGCGGCAGUGUCUGGUGGGCCUGGAGGAAGCAGCAAUGCCAAUCCAACAUCGAUCAUAGUCAAUGUGUCCACAGCUCCGGCCUUUGGGGAGCUAGAGGAGUUACAGAGCAUCUUACAUUUUCCAGAGGAAGUCGCGCUGCGGAUCACUGACACCGAGUAUCAAUUAUUCUAUCAGGUAUCACCAAACGAUUUCAUCGAUUACUCCAUCUACGACCUGCAGCAAGAGCUUAUUCUGAAUUAUGCAACGAUGGGCAUCCCCUUAUUUUCUGAUCCCAUGACUAGUGCCAGUAGUAGCGGUGAUAAUAACAGUACUAGAGAUUUUUAUGAACAAAUAAAAACAACAGCAGAAAAAACUAGCAACGUUAGCCCUGGCGUGACCUGUUCAAAGUCUCCAAGUGGGUUCGCGACCAAGCUGGAUUUAAUACGUAAACGAUUUGAUGAGACUAGCGCGUGGACCAAUUAUUUUGUAUUGUCACAAAAUACACAAGAUGAGCGAAAAGCGGCCUUUGCAUGUCUGUUGCGUGUUGCGAUUUCAUGUUGGAAUAUCGGAAAUUUCAAUGGUGCUAAAGAAAUAGUGGAUGGUCUGAAAUCCGUUAAAAAAGAAUUCAUUUGGACAUCAGCUACGGAUCGAAGUAGAAAUUCGGUGUACGAGUUUCUCACAACUGUUUUCGACACCAUCGAGUACAAUAAUGCACUUGCAAGAGCAUUGGCAAUUCCUACGUGUCGAACCAUACCUUACUACAAAAACCACGUCCACGACAUCAAGUGCUUAAUACGAACAGUAACAGAUUCACAGCAGAACCAGAGUCAAGUUGACAAGUAUUACCUAGGUGAUGCGAAACCGUUGCCUCAAGUUGAUAAUGUAUUACUGCAGAGGCUGAUGCAAGUCACACUACCAUUAACUUAUCCAGCAUCGAUAGUCACACCAACGACGGCAGUUCCAGCGGAUACAUCGGUGGAGCCAACAAAGAUGCCUGAUCCGCAGUAUGAACCGGAAAUAGUUCCUUUGGCUGAUGAGAUAUACGCAAAAGUGUUGCCGGCUUUUAAUACAGUGACUGCGUUCAUGGACCAUCAUGAUAAUUUGUGUCGUGAUUCUCCUCAUAGUCUGUUGGAUUUUCUCAGAUCUGCUGCUAAUAGUCCUAGACAAACUAAGAUACCAUUAUAUCAGCCGUCAAACCUUCAAGAAUUGGAAGAAGAUUACGAGGUUGAAAUUGGAAGCUACAAUCCUGUGCAGCCAUUGUUCUUCGAUCAUGGAGUCAGUAUCGUUCACUUAUCGGCUCGUAAAACGAACGCUGUUGAUCAUCACUUACUGCAGAUUCUACAUCACGGUACGACAGCUGUACUUUGGGAACCAGAAGUUCCAGCGGAUCGAUCAGCUUAUGUAUUUUUGCGCCUGGAGCGUUCUUGCUCCUAUAUUUCCUGGCAACGGGCCGCCUGGCGCAGAAUUAAAUCUUUACAAGAAUUCAACCCAAUUCAAAAUCCAGAAGAGAGUGUGGCAUGGCAGUUUGCAUCACGUUAUUCAACGAACUCCGGUGAUUUGGAGGCCCAGUGUCAGAAUUUGGAAGAAGGCACAUUAGAUCUUGGAACGAUUAAAGAUAUUACAAUGGGUUCCCGCAACCACGAGUACGAUUCCGAAAUUCUUGCGGCGGGCAAGCGAUUCGGCCUGACUCAUGUAGAAUGUUGUGUUUCACUGUUGUAUGGAAGCUCUGCUAGUGAGAAUCGAAUUCUGUGCAUUCUAUGCCCCCCGAUGUUAUGUCGUACAUGGUACGUUGGUCUACACUGGAUGCUGCGGGGGCUUCGACGGCAACAGAGCUUAAUUGACAGAUCGAUGCUUUGGUUAAAAGAACUCUACAUUAAUCUUUAUUUUGAAGAGGGAAUAUGUAGUGAACCAACGGUGGCCGACGCCAUUAAAGCAUUCGGUGGUCAACUUUACCUGUCUUCCAUUAAGUCUCAAUCAGGGAAGCAUAUCAACGAUUCAGCGCCCGAGCUGGCGGCGUCUGUUACAACAACAAUAUCAAACAAAAAAGACUCUUGCACAAAGAUUCGCAAGAAACGUUCGGUUGCGAAUUUGCUAAACCAAAAUAAUGUUAACAGCCAUAGUAGUCCUAUGAUAGAGCAUGGUAUGAGUGAAAUGGAGAAGAUGCGUACGUUCGAACGACGAAAGGAACGUAAUGGUUCACAUGAUCAGCUCUGGCAAAAUAUGAAGAAUUUGCGGAUAGGAUCAGUAACACACGAUACACAGUUGGAUUUCCUUAGCUUUGUUUCGCUCUAUAGGUCUUUCAGCAUACUUACAAGACCUGAUCUUCGAGAUAUUUUCAAUCAGUUGGCGGUGGCGUCGGUUUGUCGGACGUUGUUGAAUGGCGAGAAAAGUAGGAGCGCUCCUGAACUCUCUGAAGCCGCAGUUAAACGAAAAAUUGGACUUCUCACACGUAAUUGUUCACUGGAUUUGGAUUUAUCGGACAAAAAGCAUACCCGUAAAAAACACUUUGAUGCUAUUGCAGCGGCCUGUAUCGAUGUUGGCAAUGAUUUUCUGUCGUGUAACAAUAAGGUGAUUACAAUGUCAACGCUUAAAAAGUUUCUAGAAAAUCGACAGAUGGAGCUGUUGAGCGAUGAAGACGUGAAAGCAAUUAUACAGCGUCACGAGCCGGAAGCUGUGCAUCGCAUCGAAAAUUGUAUGAGCUUUGAAGGGUUUGCUCGGUAUAUGAUAGACAAAAAUAAUUAUGCAUUCCUUAGCGAACUUAUGCCUGAAAGUUCAUAUAUGAAUUUGCCUCUUUCGCAAUAUUACAUUGCAUCAUCACACAACACCUAUCUCACCGGUCACCAAUUAAAAGGCGAAAGUUCGGUAGAACUAUACAGUCAAGUGCUACUUACAGGUGCACGAUGUGUCGAAUUGGACUGCUGGGAUGGAGAUGAUGGUACGCCAGUUAUUUACCACGGUCAUACAUUCACUACUAAAAUCCCCUUUCGGGCUGUCGUGGAAGCAAUAAACAAAUCGGCGUUCGUGCAGUCUGUUUACCCAGUGAUUCUUUCAAUAGAAAAUCAUUGUUCGGUUGCUCAGCAGCAACGAAUGGCAAACAUUUUUCAGUCUAUCUUUGGUGAGAAACUGGUGACUAAUUUUCUCUUUGACCAAGAUUACAUGGAUGAUCCUCUUCUGCCUUCCCCGCUGUCACUGAAGUAUAAAAUACUCAUCAAAAACAAAAAGCUGGUUGUAGAAGUUCCGGCUACUUUAUCAACUGGUUUGACUCGUCAAAAUACAUAUAAACAGUCGAAUUUGCCAAGCAGAGCAAGCUCUAUUAUAUCAAAUACUAGUGGAAGCUCAUUGAACGAAGAAUUUAGUGACGAUGAGUAUGAAGAUGAUGAUGACUUCGACAAUAUUGAUGAAAAAACAUAUCACACAAACUGGGGAUCAAUAGAGGAUAAGUCUAGACAUAGUGUGUCGCACGCAAAUAUUUCGACUCCAACCAAACAACAACCCGUGCAGCUGCAGCACCAGUUUUUCCAGCAGCAAUAUCACCACCACCAGCAGGACGAUCGAUCUCGCAAGCGAAGCAAUCAGAUAGCUCGUGAGCUAUCGGAUUUAGUAAUCUACAUCCAAGCAAUAAAAUACCGCGGCCUCAAUCCAUACAGUCCCCAUAAUUCAAUACGUGCCAAUCCAAGACAUCUACUCAAGACCAGCGGAAGCGUGGUAACUGUCGGUAGUAUUCUGAAAAACAGUUCAGGCGAUACCCUGAGCUUGCCAUCAUCUGGUCAUUUAUCAGAUCGCUCAGAUAUACUUUCGCUAAACUACGAUUCGUCUAGUAUUAGUGGAAGCGAGAGUCAUUUGCUACCAUCAACGCGGACACGUACCAUGCCCAAUGCUAAUCAUCCAUGCUACCAGUGUUCAUCGUUGAAUGAAGCUAGCGCUAAAAAACUAUGUCGAAAGGAUCCUCUGGGACUAAUUGCCCAUACAGAAACACAACUGAUGCGAACAUAUCCCGCCGGUCUUAGAAUAGAUUCCUCAAAUUUCAAUCCAGUAUUUUUUUGGUCAUUUGGAUUUCAGAUGGUGGCACUAAACUAUCAAACUGAAGACAUGCCCAUGCAUAUCAACAAAGCAAUGUUUGAGGAGAACAAUAGUUGCGGGUACGUUCGGAAACCAGAUGUGCUCUGGAAUAGAUCUCAUCUGAUGUACAGAAGGUUCAAUCCUUUCGAAAAAGAGUUCGAUGGAUUGCACGUGACACAAUUAGUGAUAAAUAUUGUUUCGGGUCAAUAUUUAAAUCAUGUAACGGGUGGUGCAAGUAUUCACGUGGAAAUAGAAUUACUGGGUAUUCCGAUUGAUUAUGGAAGGAGGAAAACGAAACCCACCCGGCUCCAUCUCUUCAAUCCAGUAUGGAAUGAAACGUUCUUUUUCAAAAUAAUGUUUCAUGAUUUAGCAUUUCUCAAAUUCACUGUUUAUGAAUCGGAAUCGGUUGUAGUUGCUCAAAGGGUAAUAUCCCUUAAAUGUUUUCGACCCGGAUAUCGACAUGUGCGCCUUAGGUCUCCAACGAACCAGCCGCUAAAUAUGGCAUCUUUGUUUGUAUAUACGCGCGUGGAGGAGGAAGGUUUAGAUCGAUCGUAUGGUGAAAUAGAUGAACAGUACCUUCAGCAAACUCGAUUAGCCAAUCGGAAAGAUUUCUUAGACGAAGGGGAGCCUCAUCUAGAGAGUAAAGUUCCACUACUGAAGCGAAAGACAUUUUUCUGCACCGUUUACGAUGCUGUACCAAAUAACCCUUUCACAAUUCUUAAAAUUACCCAAGAAUGCACAACGAAAGACGUACUCACGAUGGUGUUGCAAAAGAUGAACAAGCCACGAACGGAUAUCACAAACUAUAUUUUAAUAGAAGAAGUAUACACGGGCUGGGAGAAAAAAGACAAAAGACAUCCGCCGACGCAGCGUGUUUUGGAUAUGACAGAGAAACCGUUGCAAGCUCAAGCCUGCUGGAAAGGCGAUGGACGUUUUAUAUUGAAACGAAUAGGCAAUGACCCAAGCAGCCGUGCCUGGGUUACAUCCAUCAGGCGAACAACGGAAGCUAGAAGAGCGUCAAUAGCCACAACAACAUGCGGGAGUGAAACAACAUCUGGCCAGGAACCAGGAACAACAGCCGAUGAUCCACUUGCACUGGAAAAUGUCGAUAAUUUUCUCGUAUGCGUAUUCAAUGUAUCGCAUGAUAUACCAUAUGCGAUCUUGAGAGUACCUAUGAAAUCGACGGCACAGGAUGUACUAGCCCAGGCUCUAUUGAAAGCACGUCGAUUAGAUAACCCCAACAACUUCGUGUUAGUAGAAGAAUUAAAUUACAGUAACAAAAGCAAUGAUACAAUGCAGCGAAUAUUGAUGGACGAUGAAAACGUUCACAUGACCCAGGCAAACUGGAAAUCGAUAGGACGCUUUGUUAUCCACGAGCGAAACCAACUCACCCCAUCUACAAUUCGCAAAACAAUCCUGCCUAUAGAGAAGAUCAGUCGUGGCUUCAGUAUCAGUCGCGGCUCGUCAUCUUCAUCAACAUCAGUCCACUCACUCGCAUCAAAAUCGCCUAUUCAGGUCGCGCUCAGCGAUCCAACUACAUCGAGAAUAAAAUGUCGGUCCGCUGAGACGUCGUCUUAUGCAGUCAAAGCGAGACAUUCGCACUCCGGAUCGGGAUCAGGUGGUUCUGGAGGAAGUUCAGGAGAGCGACACAAGUACACUUCAGAGAAAGAUACGUCAUUCUCAAGUAACUCAAGUAGCAGUAAUGCCACAUCGAAGUCAGUAAAUCGACGGGAAGUACAUUCCGAAGGGGAAACACUUAGUGACGAUGAGGCCAAGGAGAGUGAUAUUCUUUCGACUAUGUCACGGUUUAAGCGUAUGUCGAUAAAGAAACUUAAAUCGUGGAAAUCUUAAACACCUGUAAAUGUCCGUUGAUACUUCCCGGAAUAUUUUUAUCAUCACGGUAAACGAUUAAUGAUUUUAAUCAGAAAUAUCGCAUUAGGUAGAUUAUCGAUUCUGAACAAUUCUAAUCAGGCAUAGAUCAAGUACCAUAGAUAGUAAUGGUUGAACAAGUAAUGAGAUCACUAGUAAUGCUUGCAUUAUGAAUAUACAUUGUUGCAUAAAUUAAUUGCUUGUACAUUCAAUCACAUUUAAUCGACAUAAUUUGCUCUUUCAAAAAAGCACUUUCUUGAGUUAGAUCAAAACCUAGUGACAAAUUGUUUAGAAAAAAAACAACCCACACAGCUGUGUUUCAAUUAGACGAUAUUAUGGUUUUAUUCAUCUAUUUCAUAAAUGUGAAUAAAUUCAUUGUCAAAAUCUGAAAAUGACCAAUUUUUUGGUGGUAUUGCAGAGUGAUGAGUGAUAAGCAAAAAGAUAAACAUUUAUUAUUGGCCAUUUUUUCUCAAGGUCAUGUUACGGUUUGUUUGCUUAAGGUCGAAUUUAAGAAAUGAUUAUGUAUGGAUGGUUGUCUUCUUUGCUUAUCAGUGAUAAGUUAUCACUCCAGUGAGCCAUUUUUCCAAUUCUACAAAGCUGUUUAAAAAAUGACAAUAGAAUCUAGUGUAGUUUGCCUAUUUUCGUUGAUAUCACACUUCAAUAUAUACCAGGAAACAUACAGAGUCAUAGAUCACGAAUAAUGUGAAGAAGAUCAGAUUAUGUGUCAAUGGCUGAUUAAGUAUAGCAGCUAAGGAAUAUUGGUCCGGGUACUGGUGGUACGAUCGGGUGUGAUCAAAUUCAUCUAAUUGAUUAAUUCAUUGAAAACAUUAAGGUAGUCUCAAAGUAAAUAGAAUUUGUAUACGCCAAAGAAAAGUUUGCUUUUGUUGAGAUCAACGACGUGCGAUACAAUAUAAGAGGAUCACUAAUUUUUAUUUAUCAUGUUUGUGAUAUGCACAACAAUCCUACCUAUCACACGCAAGCCUAAAUUUCGAAAUUGCAGCAAACCGCAAUCCUAUUUAGAGGGUAGUGAUAAAUUGAUUGAUAAAUUGAUAAAUUAAUUUGAUUGAUUGCGCUAUAUGAUAUCAAAUUCUGAUUUCAUUUGGUUGUGUUUACGUACUACGAAUUUUCUGAUUAUUAAUUUAUUGACAAACUGUAAAAUUAAAUACUUGUUUAUUAACAACAACAACAAAAUACAUCAUACUGAGAUUUAAAUUCGCUCUCUUUGAUAAUAGAAACAGUUUUUUGUUUGAUUCUGUAGGACAAACUUUUGCGCACGAUUUUGAAAUGUCUUCUUUAAGUGUUGUGAUUGUAAUUGUUUAUUGGUGGCUUUAACCAACUGGUCAUCACCCGUUCUUUAAGUGUUAAAAAUGGGAGAAAAAGACGAAAGUGCAAAUCAAUUUUAGAUACCACCAGGCAGUUGUGGAAACUAAAUUGAAAUUAGAGCCCCCAGCAAACCAUGUUUGUAAUCCAGUGUUUUUCCAUUAUUUCCGCCGCAUACGCACUUUCGCUUCGACGUUGUACUCGUUGAAUUUUUCGAUAUAUUGAGCUGGUAAAAGAGCAUUAGACUAUUAUUUGUUGAUGUUCGGUUCUGUGGAAUAACGUGCUAGCGAUGGUAUUAGAAGAGUGGUGUAUGAAAGGUGUGCAUAUUUCCUCUGUUUACUUCGUUAAAGUUAUAUGUUAGGGGGAUGUGUUCGAUUAUCGGCACACUUUGGAUUUUGGCUUACAACAUUACUCCAAUCGAACAAUAUAUGGGAAUAAGCAUACCAAUGGAAAGCUAGAGGCCUUAGCUAAUAAUUUAUGAAAGAAUUUAUUUUAUUCUGUCAACUUGAAAAAAAUUAUUAACAAUUUAGUAAAAUGCUAAUUUUUUACCAUUUUGAAAAAUGUUGUCGGUUGUCGGCACCCCAAGAAAAUUGACUAAAAACAGAGAAAUAUUAAUGAUAAUCAUCAAGAUUCAAAAGGAAAAGGAAAUUUAUUCAUUUCAACAGCCAUCAAAGGCAUUAUGAACAGCAUUUUUCAUCACAACCAUAAUAUGUGUAUGUGAAAAACUAGUGCGAAUAUUAGGCACUGCUAAUGCACUGACGGAUUGAAUUCACUGCAAUUGAAUUAGUUUCAGGCAGUUCUCCAUCGCCCCCCCCCCAAGUUGCCUGGUCGUGACAAUCUGGUAUAUACAGUACUACCUAGCGGUAAAAAACGACCAGGUGAGCUUUCUUCAUGUAAAUGUAAAACGCUAAACCGGAAGUCGGCUUCCUGGUUUUCGGAAUGAUGCCAAAGAUCGAUCUCUGGUAUCUAUUGGUAAAGUCCGUUCCAAAAUAUCCAUAUUGAUUAGGUUAUUGAGAGCAUUUGCCACAAAAAAUGGGGACAACCGAAUUUAAUAACCUUUUUGAAAACUGAUUAAAAAAAUUUGUGGCGAACAUUUCGGUGCCAGUCAAUGUUGAAUCACAAAAUAGAAUACAUUCACAUCGAAAAUACUCAAUGCGAAUUCUUUUUUGAUCGAUUUACUUCUUUCUAUAAUUUAAGUACAGUUUCACUUGUUCAAAAAAUAUUUUAAGUUUAGAACAGAAUCUUCGAGUCUGUUUGCUUCAGCAAUCAGCACAAAAAGAUCGUGCUAAUAUAACACACAAAUAAUAUUUAUCAGAAUGUUCAUGUCUGGUUUCUGUCAAAAGCUACAUAGGUGUGCCGACAACCGACCAGUGCCGGCAACCUAACACUUUCCCCUAUACAUUAAUUUCAUUUUAUCAGAAUUAAAGUGGAAUUCGAAAAUGAUUAAAUGCGAUCCUGAAUUGACAUAGGAAAAAAAAGUUGCUACUUCUGAUAUUCGUUUUGUUGAAACGAAAAAAGAAAGGGUUUUGGUCUUUAUAGCUUUGUUUUUUUUAAAUGUUGUUAUAGAGGCUUUAACCUUAAGGUCAUUCGCCUCUUCGGGUUAGAAAAAUCUCUAACCCUAUGUGCGGGGUUGGGACUCGAACCCAGGUGAGCUGCGUGAAAGGCAAUCGACUUACCAAUUACACUAUGCCCGCCCCUCAUAGUUUUGUUAUUUAUGUUUUAAUGAUGCAUGAAGUAGGAAAAAGGCCAUUAAAUUACACCGUUGAUUGAAUACAUAUGAAAAGUUUAAAUAAACCUAGGUAAGCGCUAGAGCUGUAAAAAAAGUUUUCUUACUAUAAGGCCUCAACCGGAUUUUUGAAAUAUUAGCCUGAUUUUGAAAUAUUAGCUACUCCUUUCCAACCGGAACCACAAGUCAUAUGAAAAUAUUGCGAUUUUUACAGCUUCAGCGAAUUAACAAUGUUUCAUUUCAAUGUUUAUUGCCUUGAGCCAAUGUUCAUACUUUUUGAUAUUUUGAUGAAAAAGUAAUCAUUGUGCGGAUUACUAUAAGCUAAGUUUUAAUCAACAAUACUCAGUGCGGUAUGUUUCCUUGACAACCUUUUUAAAUGUUUUAUCGAAAUAAAACAUUGUCAAUUCGCUGAUGUAGUGAAAAUCGCGAUUAUUUCAAGUAACUUGUGCAAGUGAUUCCGGUUGGAAUUUUAAUGAAAGAAACAGCUUAAAUUUCUUAUUUUGCUUAUAUUUUUAAAAUCCGCUUGAGCAGUAAUAUCUAUCUGGGUUAGCACUCGAGGAAAGCCAAUAAUCAAAAUAAGGAAUCGAAUUCCUAUUGUGAUGUCAACAUCAAAUUGAAAUUUUGUUUUCGCUCUGAUGUACUUAUAUACAUUGAGUUUCUUCAAGUUAUUUCUGUUUUUCUUUUAUUGACAUAACAUACAUUAGAAUUCUUAUUUCGUUAUAAUAAAAAAUAUCUACAUUGUAUAGAGUUUUCAAUUUGUUCUUGUUCUGAUAGCAGAGAUAGUUUUCUGUGUGUUGUCACAGGGCAUAUUUUUUGCUCUUGAUUUUGUAUUUUUAACCAUAAACAAAAUGAUAAUAACCUGAGGAAUCAUUACCUGCGAUAUCAAAUAUAAUUUUCAAUUUGAUAUCAUACUUUAGGAACAAUAUCGAGUUAAAUUUUUGAUUGGAUAUGCUCAGGGUUGCGAAUAGAACUAGAAAGUUUGUUUCGUAUGACAAAAAUAGCUUACGCCAUUGACCCUUGUCGUUUCAACCAUAUCUCCAAUUGUGCACAUAGGUAAGCAGCUCAGCUGGGUUUGAUUCCCAAAUCUCGCUCAUAGGGUUAGAAUUUUUCUAACUAGAAGAGAAGCGAAUGACCCAAAGUUCAAAAUCUUUUUUAAAAGAAAUAUGUAGAAAUUCCUAAAAAAAAUAAUCAGCUUGAUUUUUUAACCGUGAUCGACAAAACCGCCUUCAACAUGGUAACUGCAAAACAAACUGCGCAAAACUAAUACAUAUUAUAACGAUUUAGACACUUUUGGAUGCUUUGGAUUAAGGAACCCAUCCACUUUUCAGACCCAAUUGAAAUUUUCCGACCUAAUUCAUCUAACCCUCGAAAAUCUAGAUUCCGUGAGGCUUGAUCCAAUACUAGGUCACGUUUUUGUGGUUUGAAAUAGAAGCUUAGCAGUGUGAGUGUCUACCACGGUACCCUAUAGGAUACAUAUUCUAAAGGAGUGUCAAAAAGAAAGGGAGUUCAAAUAAUACGCAUGUAAAGUAGCCUUGUGUUAAAGUUAAAUCACGACACCUACUUAGUAAUUUUAUAUUUGCAGGUAAAAAUAAUUAAAAGGCAAGCGAAAGAAAAUAAAAUGUACCUCUAAAUUGUUAAAUCUGUUUCUGAAAUUCAAUGCAGAUAAAAUCAUUGUAAGUUGGAGCACCAGUUUGAUUACCAGAACAUUAGUUAAAUGUGUGCUUAAAAAGUCUACAUACGGAAAUCGUAAACAGAUUACAAAAUACUCAGAAAUUAUGAGAGAAAACUAUGUGAUAACUAUAAAUUAACACUUUUAAAGAAUAAAUGGUAGAUGCUCAUUGACCAUACAUUAAUAUCAUUACUGUAUAAAUGUAAAUAUAAAUACGACAGUUCAAAUAAUGUUAAACAUAAUAAUAGAUUUCAUAUGAAUAUUGCAUUUGUACGGUUUGCGGAAGCUUAUAGAAAUACGACAUUCAUUGUUAGUUGUUUGAAUUCCAGUAGAUUUCCAAAUACACAAGACACAAAUAUUUUAA